GACCGUUUUGCGUCUGGCCUUUUUUGUCAACACUCUACAUCCUCUCCAGCUUCAUUUCAUAACUUUCAAAUCAUGAUCAGAUAGAAAACAAGCGGGCCACGGUGUCGAGCUGAAUAUAAUCGAUUUCACUUGUAAGCUGCAGAGAUGGCUCACUGGGGGCAGCAGGGCGAGAUGACGGAGUACAAAAAGAUUGUGAUCAAACGGGACAUGGAGAUGGGCGUGGUCAUGACGGUGUUUCGGCAGAAGGCGGAGCGGCUCACUGUGCAGGUCAUCAUGGAGACCCAGCAGGUGGCAUGGACACGCACUGCAGACAAGACUGAUGGUGUCUUGGACCUGUUUGAGAUCAGAGAGAUUCGUCCCGGGAGGAACUCCAAGGACUUUGAGCGCUUCAAAGAUGGCAAGGACAAACAUGAUGAAAAUACCUGCUUCACAAUCUUCUAUGGCUCACAGUUUGUUCUCAACACCCUCAGUCUGGGAGCGGAUUCUGUGGAGGAGGCACAGAAAUGGCUGCUAGGUCUAGAAUUGCUGAGGCAAGAGACGCUGGCUGCUCCGACUCCAGUUCUUAUAGAGAGUUGGCUGAGGAAGCAGAUGUAUUCUGUCAAUCAGACAAAAACAAACAGCAUCUCCUUGAAGGAGCUUAAGGCUCUGCUUCCUUUGCUCAACUACAAGGCCCCCAGCUCUCGUGCUCUUAAAGACAAAUUCAUGGAAGUGGGAGCAAAGAAAGACCGCCUGGAUUUCGAGCAGUUUCAUAAAUUAUACAACCAUAUAAUGUUUGAACAGAAUGAGAUCCUUGAAGAGUUCAAAAAGGAAUCGUGUGCUUUUAUUCUGGGUAACACAGAUAAACCAGAUGCCUCCGCAGUUCUGCUCCAUGACUUCCAGCGUUUCCUUAUCUACCAGCAAAAGGAGUCCUGGGCCAGUGAUCUGAACCAAGUCAGAGAAGUGAUGACCACCUUCAUCGACGACACCAUGAGAAAAACCAAUGAUCCCGAGUUCACUGUCAGCGAGUUCCUCAGUUUCCUGUUCUCCAAGGAGAACUCUGUCUGGGACGAGAAGUUCUCAGAGAUCAGCAAUCUGGACAUGAACAACCCUCUGUCCCAUUACUGGAUCAACUCAUCCCACAACACCUAUCUGACUGGUGAUCAGCUUCGUAGUGAGUCAUCCACAGAGGCCUAUGUACGCUGUCUACGUCUGGGAUGCCGCUGUGUUGAAUUGGACUGCUGGGAAGGGCCCGGGGAGCCAAUCAUCUACCACGGCUGGACCAGGACCACCAAGAUCAAGUUUGAGGAUGUGGUCAAAGCCAUUAACGAUCACGCUUUUGUCACAUCAGAGUUCCCGGUGAUCCUGUCUAUAGAGGAGCAUUGUCCUUUAGAACAGCAGCGUCAGAUGGCUCGUAUCUUCAGAGAUGUGUUUGGAGACAAACUGCUGACUGAACCUGUGGUGCAGGUCGCUGAGCAGCUGCCUUCGCCUUCACAGCUGAAGGGCAAGAUCAUUCUCAAGCACAAGAAGCUCAGUGUGGAGGGAGGAGGAAUGACUAAAGACUUCAGGAAGGGGCAGAAACAGGGAGACCUGGAGAUCUGGGACCCUGUGGAUCAGCGGUGGAACAAGCACUACUGUGUGAUCUCUGAUGACAAGCUGUACUAUGCAGAGGAGUAUGAGGAGGAGGAAGCAGAUCCCAGGAAGUUCCAGGACCUGCACUGUUCAGAGCCGUGGUUUCACGGUCGCAUGAAGGAGGGCAGACUGAUGGCCGAGCGACUGAUCCAUGAAUACUGUGCGGAGACCGGGGGAAGUGAUGGCACCUUCUUGGUCAGAGAGAGCGAUACCUUCGUCACGGACUUCACACUGUCCUUCUGGCGGAAUGGGAGGGUCCAGCACUGUCGCAUUCGCUCUGGUUCAGAUGGCGGACACACUUACUUCUUCCUGACGCCAAACCUGCACUUUCCUAGUGUGUACUCCCUGAUCCACCACUACAGAGAUAGCCCGCUGCGCUGCCAAGACUUUGAACUGCGCCUCACUGAUGCUGUACCACGGCCCAACCCACAUCUACAUGAAGGGUGGUUCUACAGUAACCUGAGCAGAGGACAGGCAGAAGAUUACCUGCUGAGGAUUCCCAGAGAUGGAGCUUUCCUAAUCCGACAGAGAGAAGGAGAACCAGACUCCUUCGCCAUCACAUUCAGGGGUGAUGGUAAGGUGAAACACUGCCGGAUUCAGAAGGAGGGCAACAUGUACCUGCUGGGCACCACUACAGAGUUUGAGAGCCUGGUGGAGCUGGUCAACUACUUCAGAAAGAAGCCGCUGUAUCGCAAGAUUAAGCUACGUUACCCAGUCACCCCUGAGCUGGUGGACCGCUUCAGCACAGAGACAGACUGUGCCUCUUUGUACGAGGUGAAGACGUACGUGGAACCCAACGAGAUUGAGCCCUCACUGCCUAAAAAUACAGUUAGGGCUGUAUAUAGUUACCAGGCUACAAGGCCGGAUGAGCUCAACUUCAGUAAAGGUGCACUGAUACACAAUGUAUCAAAGCAGAACAAUGGAUGGUGGAAAGGUGACCAUGGUGGAAAAGUGCAGCUGUUCUUUCCAUCUAACUAUGUAGAGGAAGUGUCAAACAAUACCAAACCUGAGCUCAAAGGACAGGACAUAGAAGACAACCCACUAGGUGAACUAUGUAAGGGUGUGGUGGACAUCUCCAAGUGCAACAUCCAAAACUUGAAAAGUGGUAAAAAUGGCAAGACCCACGUGUUGAUCCUGCAGGACAAGGAGCAGGAUAGUCUGCAGUUUGACCUGUCAGCAAGCACUCUGGAGGAGCUCUUUGAAUGGUACCAAGUGGCCUGGGACAUUACUCAGAGAGAGAUGAGUAAGCAGUACAACAGGGAACAAGAGAUCAGACAGCAGGAGGAAGUUGAGAAGAAGGCAGAGGUUGCCAUGGAGAUGUCGGACCUGGUGGUCUACUGUCAGCCACGCAGCAAGGAGAAGGACCGCUUUGACAGUUACACCUACAAAGAGAUCCGCUCCUUCGUGGAGACCAAGGUGCCAGUAAAGAUCCGCACCAAGGAAUUCCUGCAGUACAACCGCAAAAGUCUGAGUCGCAUCUACCCAAAAGGCCAGCGUGUGGAGUCCUCCAACUACGACCCUUACUCACUGUGGGCUGUUGGCUGUCACAUGGUGGCACUCAACUUCCAGACUGCAGAUAAAUACACCCAGCUGAACAGCGCCCUUUUCAGUCUGAAUGGACGUACAGGUUACGUACUGCAGCCGGAGCUCAUGCGCUAUGAUAGCUACGACCCUUACCAGGAGAAGAAGAUGAUCAAGUACAACAUUGUGGUUAGGGUAAUUGCUGCCAGACACCUUCCUAAAACCGGCCGCAGCAUUGCCAGUCCAUUUGUGGAGAUCGAGCUGUGUGGACACUCAGAAGAGAAGUACAAGACCGUCGUCUAUCGAGACAAUGGUCUGAACCCGGUGUGGAAAGCCCCAGCAGAGCCUGUGAUCUUCACUGUGUACGAGCCUGAACUCACCUUCCUGCGCUUUGUGGUUAAUGAGGAGGACAUGUUCUCAGACCCCAACUUCCUGGCUCAGGCCACGUUUCCUGUCAAAGGCAUCCGCUCAGGCUACCGCAGUGUUCCUCUGAACAACGGCUACAGUGAGAGCUUAGAAUUAGCCUCUCUGCUAGUCUACAUCAACGUGCAGCAAGCAGGGAAAGUAGAGGAGGAGCUGUACUCGUCCUCCAGCCAGCUGAGGAAAAAGCAGGCUGAGGUCAGUAGUGAACCUUUCCUGUACGACACACACACCAACAUCCAGCGCUCCACCCUCCCUCGCCAACACGACCACCUCUCGAGGGAGUACAGCACCAGCGAGAAACACAGGACAAAAGAAAAGAAGAUAAACAACAGCAAGUUUUACUCCUGAGGACUCCCUGUCCACGUCCUUCCUGCCUGAGUGGACUACAAAUCUAAUCUCACCUCUAUCUGCUUACUCAAGGAUGUGUGAUGUGUGCAGUUAAGACUUUUCUAAUUGUGUGUUUUAAUUUUUCUUGUCCAUACCAAAAAUGACAAAAAUACUAUGUUCCCAAAUAGUUUUCUAUUUAUUUAAGAUUAGAAACGUAUACUGUUUUCUCAGGUAUGGAAAUAUUGGUACAUAUGAACAUGAAGCCAUCUGUGGAAUGUAGGAAACCAUUAACUUAAAUAGAACAGGGUCAGGCCGGUUGAGGGAAGGUGAAUUGUAACUCCUUUACAACAUAAAAAAAGAAAGGUUAGAACAUUUCCUCUGAGAGACCCCCACAGACAGACAGUGUAAUGCUGAACAGGUCUGCAUGCAGUCUGCAAUCAAACUGCGUCAUGUUGGACAACACUGAUACUUAGAUGAUAUUUAUUUUCAAUUAAAGAGGAGUGUCCACUAACUAAAGUAAUAGACUCUUGUGUUGAAAUCACCCCUUUUUGUGUCUAAUUUCAAAUAGUGAUGAGUGUAAAACUGCUGAUAUGGAGCACAGCAGAAAGGCUGCUGUGUGAGUGAUGACAGAGAUAACCUUUUUUUUUUUGCCGCGUAGUUUCACCAGUGUGACAUUAUUUACUCUGUGUGGUAAUGUGUUGUAUCUUUGAAAGUUAGAUGAAUGAAAACAGGUGAACUAAUCCAGUUUAAAGAGAACAUUUUAUGUAUUUAAUGUGAUGCCAGGUGAUGUUUAUAGCUUUUCCAUAAGACCUUAUGAAUUAAGUCAAUAAAGUUGGCCUGGCAAACUA